CCAGUGCGGGGCGACGGACACGGACACGGAGACGGAGACGUGCCGCGGACGAAGCUCGGCGAGCGGGUUUGAGAUGUCGGAGAGGCCCGUGUGUGUUUGACGUGUCGUGGACGUGUCGUGGACGUGACGUGGACGUGUUUUUGGGGUUUUUUUUGCGGUGCACUUUUUUGCGGGGCAACGGCGCAUUAUGACGGGCAGAGACGAGGACUACGACUACCUGUUCAAGGUGGUGCUGAUCGGAGACUCGGGUGUGGGGAAGAGUAACCUUCUGUCCCGUUUCACUCGUAACGAGUUUAACCUGGAGAGUAAAAGCACCAUCGGGGUGGAGUUCGCCACACGCAGCAUCCAGGUCGAGGGGAAGACGGUCAAGGCCCAGAUCUGGGACACGGCGGGUCAGGAGCGAUACCGCGCCAUCACCUCCGCUUACUACCGCGGGGCAGUGGGGGCGCUGUUGGUCUACGACAUCGCCAAACACCUGACGUACGAGAACGCCGAGCGCUGGCUGAAGGAGCUGCAGGACCACGCCGACUCCAACAUCGUCAUCAUGCUCGUGGGCAACAAGAGCGACCUGCGCCACCUACGGGCCGUGCCCACCGACCAGGCCAAGGCCUUCGCAGAGAAGAACGGUUUGUCUUUCCUGGAGACGUCCGCUCUGGACUCGUCCAACGUGGAGCUGGCGUUUCAGACCAUCCUCACAGCCAUCUUCCGGAUCGUGUCCCAGAGGCAGAUGUCCGGACGCGGCGAGUCCGACUUCGCUCCGACCUCCAACGUGGUGCCCAUCUCUGUGGAGCCCACCCAGAGCGGAGGCAAGAGCUCCUGCUGCCAGCAACACUGACCGACCAGACCCACUGACCGACCAGACCCACUGACCGACCAGACCCCACGACAUCCAACCAGACCCAACGACAACCGACCAGACCCCACGACAACCAGACCCACCUAGAGUGAGAGCUCCUGCUGCCAGCAACACUGACCGACCAGACCCCACAAAAACCCAAUGACAACCAGACCCACUGACCGACCAGACCCACUGACCAACCAGACCCAACGACAUCCAACCAGACCCAACGACAACCAGACCCACCUAGAGUGAGAGCUCCUGCUGCCAGCAACACUGACCGACCAACCCCACGACAACCAGACCCUACGACAUCCAACCAGACCCCACGACAAGCAACCAGACCCCACGACAUCCAACCAGACCCCACGACAUCCAACCAGACCCACUGACCGACCAACCCCACGACAUCCAACCAGACCCACUGACCGACCAGACCAAACAACAACCAACCAGACCCCACGACAACCAGACCCACCUAGAGUGAGAGCUCCUGCUGCCAGCAACACUGACCGACCAGACCCAACGUUAACCAGACCCCACGACAACCAACCAGACCCGGCAACAACCAACAGACCCCGACAACCAACCAGACCCCACGACAACCAGACCCCACAACAACCAACUAGACCCCACGGCAAGAAGAUCCAACAACAACCAACCAGACCCACGACAUUUAGACCCCACGACAACCAGCCCCUCCUGACCACCCAGAGCGAGAGCUUCUGCUGCUGUUUCGGUGUCACUGAGGUCCAGGCUUUGUCCAUCCAUCCGGUGACUUGAGGAAAGUUUCACGGUUCAUCCUCCCGGCGUCGCAAGUUUCUCUCUCACUCCAAACUUUCCUUCUGCUGUUCGAGUUCCGUUUUUCGGCUGCUCGUUCUUCCUCCUCCCGCGGCAACUCACAACUCAUCAUAAUCCAAAAAAUACGUUGUACGAACCAUCCCAACCCAGUUUUGAAAUUUUGAAAAUCUGGUCACCCAAAACCGAACCCAACGACAACCAGGCCCCCUUUUUAUAUUUUAAAAGAAUGAAACAGAAGAGCGGGUUUUUAUGGGCCUAUAUCAUUAUAAUAACCUUUUAAGGCAUUUAGAGAUUAUAUAUCCCACACAGAUAUUUACAUUUUGUUAUUUAUAUUUUUAUAGAAGUGAAGUUUGUGAAAUUUGUGACCUUAAAUGAACGUCAAAUCAUUUUUGUAUCGGCAUUAGCAGCGUCUGACCGUCCCCACGAGAGACACUUAGAGGACGAGGACAGGGACAGUAGUUUGACCAGUGGGGACGAGGGAGAGCGGCGGGACAGGGGACAGGACCAGGGACAGGGGACAGGACAAGGGACAGGGGACAGGACAGGGACAGGGGACAGGACCAGGGACAGAGACUGGAGACGGGACAGGGACAGGGGACUUUGUGACGGGACAGAGACGGGGCUGAGACCGGAUCGGGGACAGUGGGACGGGGGACGGGGGUAAUGCUACAGGACCGGGGGGGUGAUGGGACAUAGAGACAGGAGCAGAGGGCAGGAGCAGAGGACAAAGGGACUACGGGGACGGAGACUUUCAUGGGACAGAGGGAAAGCUGCGGGGACACUGAUCAGAUAUUUAGUGCACAAUAAUAUAAAAAUGAAGGUUGUGGUUUUGUAUGUGUGUGUUUUGACUUUUGUUUGUCCAAUAAAUCUGCUAUUUCUUAUUUU